AUGAGGACCCCGUUUAGAUCUGGAUUUUGCUUUUUUAUCCUAGUGUGUAUCAGCCUUUCUGGGCAUUCAGUUUCUGCGGAGAAUCGCAAGCCUAAGAAUGUGCAGGUGGCUCUUAGAGCCAAGUGGUCUGGAACUCCAGUACUUCUAGAAGCAGGUGAAUUACUUUCUAAGGAAUGGAAAGACCACUUCUGGGACUUCAUUGAAUCAUGGCACCAGUCUAUGAAUGAAGAUUCUGAUUCUAAUAAUGCGAAAUAUUGCUUAAGGAAAAUUGUCAAAUAUGGGAAAUCUCUGUUAAGUGAAACUUUGGCAUCAGUUUUUGAAUUUUCUCUUACUCUUCGGUCUGCAUCUCCAAGAUUAGUGCUCUAUCGCCAGUUAGCCGAGGAAUCUCUUUCAUCUUUUCCUCUAGCUGAAGAUAUUAGCUCAAACCCCGUUGAUGGAGGGAUCCCUGAACCGAAUGAAACCACAAACAACAAGAAGUCUGAACCCCUUCUUUUGGGUUUGAACCCAAAAAGUCCAGGCAAAAGAUGUUGCUGGAUUGAUACUGGUGGGUCACUGUUUUUCGACGUACCAGAAUUGCUCUUGUGGAUGCAAAGUCCUAAUGCUUCAGCUGAUGAUACAUUUCAGCAGCCUGAGAUUUUUGAAUUUGAUCAUGUCCAUCCAGAUUCAACUACUGGAAGUCACAUUGCCAUUUUGUAUGGGGCUCUCGGGACUGAAUGUUUUAAGGAAUUUCAUCUUACCUUGGCCGAAGCUGCCAGGAAGGGAAAAGUCAAGUAUGUUGUUAGACCUGUAUUGCCUUCUGGGUGCGAAUCAAAAAGUGGCCCUUGUGGGUCCAUUGGUGCCGAUGAAUAUCUAAACUUGGGUGGUUAUGGUGUGGAGCUUGCUCUGAAGAAUAUGGAAUACAAGGCUAUGGAUGACACCGCCAUAAAGAAAGGUGUAACACUCGAAGAUCCUCAUACUGAAGACCUCAACCAAGAAGUCAGAGGGUUCAUAUUCUCCAAGAUUUUGGAGCGCAAACCAGAACUAACAUCUGAGAUAAUGGCAUUCAGGGAUUAUCUCUUAUCAUCUACAGUUUCUGAUACACUCGAUGUUUGGGAAUUGAAAGAUUUAGGACAUCAAACUGCACAGAGGAUAGUUCAUGCCUCUGAUCCUUUGCAAUCAAUGCAAGAAAUCAAUCAAAAUUUCCCAAGCGUCGUUUCUUCAUUAUCACGGAUGAAGCUGAAUGAUGCCAUAAAAGACGAAAUUAUUGCAAACCAGCGAAUGAUCCCCCCUGGCAAGUCAUUAAUGGCUCUGAAUGGUGCCUUGAUCAAUAUUGAAGAUAUUGACCUUUAUCUGCUGGUUGACAUGGUCCAUCGGGAGUUAUCACUGGCUGAUCAAUAUUCAAAAUUGAAGAUCCCCUUGAACACUGUGAGGAAACUCCUUUCGGUUGUACCUCCAUCUGAGUCCUUUACGUUUCGUGUUGAUUUUCGUUCUCCUCAUGUUUACUAUAUCAACAAUUUGGAAGAGGAUGCCAUGUACAAACGUUGGAGAAGCAACAUAAAUGAGCUUUUGAUGCCAGUCUUCCCUGGACAAUUGCGUUACAUUCGUAAAAACAUCUUCCAUGCUGUUUACGUUCUGGAUCCUGCAUCUCUUUGUGGCAUGGAGACCAUUGAUACGAUCAUUUCCUUGUUUGAGAACAAUCUUCCUUUGAGGUUUGGUGUGAUAAUGUACUCAGCAAAAUUAAUUGAGAAGAUCGAAGCAAAUGAUGGCGAACUUCUACUUGCUCAAUUAGCGGAUGAUAGUGGGGAAGACAUUUCCAGUUUGAUUAUAUGUCUUUUCAUUUACAUUAAGGAACACCAUGGGACUCUGAUGGCUUUUCAGUUUUUAAGCAAUGUAAACAAAUUGAGACUCGAUUCAUCUGCAGAAGAUAUUCCUGAAAGAUAUCAUGUGGAAGGGGCUUUUGUGGAAACGAUACUUCCAAAGGCAAAAUCUCCACCUCAAGAUACUUUGUUGAAGCUGGAGAAGGAUCAAACUUUGAACGAACUGUCUCGGGAAAGCUCCAUGUUCGUUUUUAAGCUGGGCUUGUCCAAGCUUCAGUGUUGUCUCUUGAUGAAUGGGCUUGUCCAUGAAUCUAAUGAGGAGGCCCUUAUGAAUGCGAUGAAUGAUGAACUUCCCAGAAUACAGGAGCAAGUUUACUUUGGGCACAUAAAUUCUCAUACUGAUAUUCUGGACAAAUUUCUAUCGGAAAGUGGCAUCCAACGUUAUAAUCCAAUGAUUAUAGCAGAUGGGAAGGUUAAACCCAAAUUUGUUUCUUUAUCUGCAUCAAUUCUUGAAAAAGAAUCUGUAAUAUAUGACGUCAGCUACUUACAUUCACCUGAAACCAUGGAUGAUUUGAAGCCUGUGACUCAUCUUCUUGCAAUUGGGAUCACAUCAAAGAAGGGGAUGAAGUUGCUUCGUGAAGGAAUACACUAUCUGAUUCAUGGUUCUAAAAAUGCUCGUAUCGGCGUGUUAUUUAAUGCUGAUGAGGAAACAAAUCUGCCAAGUCUCUAUUUUGUGAAAGUCUUUGAAAUCACUGCAUCGUCAUACAGUCAUAAGAAAGAAGUAUUACAGUUUCUGGAUCAAUUCUGCUCAUUUUAUGAACGAGAGUACAUGCUGGCUUCUGGGGUUACUGCAAGCACCCAAGCACUCAUUGAUAAGGUCUUCGAGUUGGCUGAUGCAAAUGGUUUGCCGUCAAAGGGCUACGAAUCUGCUCUCUCUGGGUUUUCUGCCAACAAAUUGAGAAUACAAUUGAAUAAGGUGACCCAGUUUUUAUACGGGCAACUUGGACUUGAAUAUGGUGUAAAUGCAGUUAUUACCAAUGGGAGAGUGAUCCAACUCCUUGAUGGUAAUACAUUGUUGAGCCAUGAUUUGCAUCUUCUGGAAUCCCUGGAGUUGAAGCAACGAAUAAAGCAUAUUGUCGAAAUUAUUGAAGACGUGAAGUGGGAGGACAUAGACCCUGACAUGUUGACAAGCAAAUUCAUCAGUGACAUUGUGAUGGCCAUCUCAUCUUCAAUGAGUCUACGAGAUCGAAGCUCUGAAAGUGCUCGGUUUGAAAUGUUGAGCUCAGAAUAUAGUGCUGUUGUUUUGCAAAAUGAUCAUUCGAGCAUUCAUAUUGAUGCUGUUAUUGAUCCUUUGAGUGCUUCUGGUCAAAAGUUAUCUUCUCUUCUUCGGAUUCUGUCAAAGUAUAUUCAGCCAAGCAUGAGACUUGUACUCAAUCCAAUGAGUUCGCUGGUUGAUCUUCCACUGAAGAAUUACUACAGAUAUGUAGUCCCAUCAAUGGAUGACUUCAGCAGUACAGAUCAUACAGUGCAUGGUCCCAAAGCAUUUUUUGCUAAUAUGCCACUAUCUAAGACACUUACCAUGAAUCUUGAUGUUCCUGAGCCAUGGCUUGUUGAGCCUGUUGUUGCUGUCCAUGACCUGGACAACAUACUGCUUGAAAACCUAGCCGACACCAGGACAUUGCAAGCAGUGUUUGAACUGGAAGCUCUUGUUCUUACAGGUCAUUGCUCGGAGAAAGAUCAUGAACCUCCGCGGGGCCUGCAAUUGAUCCUUGGAACAAAAAGUUCUCCGCACAUGGUUGACACGCUUGUCAUGGCGAAUCUAGGGUACUGGCAAAUGAAGGUUUUUCCUGGAGUUUGGUACUUGCAGCUUGCUCCUGGUAGAAGUUCCGAGCUCUAUGUUAUGAAAGAAAAUGCUGAUGGAAGUCAGGAAACAACUUUAUCGAAGCGUAUUACCAUUAAUGAUUUGCGGGGUAAAUUAGUUCAUAUGGAAGUGGUGAAAAAGAAGGGCAAGGAACACGAGAAACUCUUGGUUCCUUCUGACGAUGAUAAUCAUUCUACUAACAAGGGGAUUCAAAAUGGCUGGAAUUCCAAUUUUCUGAAGUGGGCUUCUGGAUUUAUUGGAGGGAAGGACCAGUCGAAGAAGGGUGAAAGCACUUCCAUGGAGACUGGGAGUGUUGGUCGUCAUGGGAAAACUAUUAACAUAUUUUCUGUUGCAUCUGGACACUUGUAUGAGCGUUUUCUAAAAAUUAUGAUUUUAAGUGUUCUGAAGAACACGCACCGGCCUGUCAAGUUUUGGUUUAUAAAGAACUAUCUCUCUCCUCAGUUCAAGGAUGUAAUCCCGCAUAUGGCUCGCGAAUAUGGUUUUGAGUUUGAAUUAAUUACCUAUAAGUGGCCAACUUGGUUACAUAAACAAAAAGAGAAGCAGCGAAUCAUUUGGGCCUAUAAAAUCCUGUUUCUUGAUGUCAUUUUUCCUCUUGCCUUGGAAAAGGUUAUAUUUGUUGAUGCAGACCAGAUUGUGAGAGCAGAUAUGGGAGAACUCUAUGACAUGGAUUUAACAGGCCGGCCCCUUGCUUAUACUCCAUUCUGCGACAACAACAAAGAAAUGGACGGCUACAGAUUUUGGAAACAAGGUUUCUGGAAUGACCAUUUACGAGGAAGACCAUAUCAUAUUAGUGCUUUAUAUGUUGUUGAUCUGGCCAAAUUCCGGGAAACAGCAGCAGGGGAUCAAUUAAGAGUUUUCUAUGAAACCUUGAGCAAAGAUCCAAACAGUCUUUCAAAUCUUGAUCAGGAUCUUCCAAACUAUGCUCAACACAUGGUACCCAUCUUCUCGCUUCCCCAAGAAUGGUUGUGGUGUGAGUCUUGGUGUGGUAACUCAACAAAAUCCAAGGCAAAGACUAUAGAUCUCUGCAACAAUCCCAUGACAAAGGAACCCAAGCUUCAGGGAGCUAAAAGAAUAGUCGCAGAAUGGCCCGAUCUUGAUUUAGAAGCUAGACAAUUCACUGCUAAAAUUUUAGGUGAAAAUGUUGAACCCCAAGAACAUGCAGCACCUCCCCCUCUCCAAACUCAGAACAUUUCAUCAGAAGACGAGGAAUCAAAAGCAGAAUUAUAA